AUGUCGUUCCUCAAAGACCUUGCCAAGGAAUUCAAGGAUCUCAAGGCCUCGCUCACAGGCGACGACAAGGACAAAGAAAAGCACAAGGAGAAGGAAGCCGAGGGCCAGCGUGCUGCCUACGAUCCAGGCUAUGGGGCCCCGAAUCCAAACUCUGGUGCUCCCCAGCCUUAUGGCCAACCUUACCCGGCGCCCGGCCAAUAUGCUCCUCCUCAGCAGCCGAUGAACCCACCAGCUGGCCCGCCCCUCCCCCCCGGUUGGGUGGCUCAGUUCGACCAAACGAGCCAGCGCUGGUACUAUAUCGAACAGGCUACCGGCAUUUCUCGGUGGGAGCCGCCCUCUAACAACGCCCCUUACGGCCAGUACCCGCCUCCUCAGGUACCUCACUACGGGGGCGCGACAGGGGCAUAUCCACAACCAGAUCCUUACUAUGGCGGACAGAACCCUGGAAUGGCCCCGCCGGCUGGAGGGGGCUACUAUCCGCAGGGACAGGUUAAGGACCCAAAAUCAGACAAGGAUGACAAGAAGAAGAUGAUGAUGGGCGCGGCAGGUGGUCUUGCUGUUGGGGCUGUGGGCGGUGCACUUGUUGGACAUGCACUUGGUGACGACUCGGACGAUGAAAAAAACGCGGCGGCGGAUAGCAGUGCUACGGCGCCUCCUCCUGUAGGUCUGCCACCAGAUGAGACCGCAGAUGGAAGCUCCGUGUCUUCUAGCGACCGUGAGGAUGUCCUAGAAGCUCGUCAAGAGUACGAGCAGGCACAGUUAGCCGCGCAGGACUCGGACGCAUCUAGCAGUGAAGAGGAGGCGCUCGAGGAGGCAAGAGAGGAAUAUGAGGAAACAUAUGAAGAGGUCUAUGAAGAUUAA